GACACUGGGUCAGUAUUAUACUUGUGUCUUCAGCGCGAACAUCGGACAGUACAAUUUUACACUCGUUCGCGACAGUGUCCACGCGGUGCAAAGCAUAAAAUAAACUUAACGAUUGAAAUAUAUUUGAAAAACAAUUGUACUUAACGUAAUAUAAACGUCCAUAAUAUACAACGCGCAUCCGGUUUUUUUUCGUAGUGACAGUCCACCUGGAUACAGUUAUACAUAUACAUGGUCGUAAAAUUGGAUCGUUCCGUCGGGUUCACUAUGAAGAGAUGCCUGAGGCACCAAGUGUACAUCGUGUUCCUCGGAGCUCUGUUGUUCUUACACAGCACCAGCGGCGAUGGUAGCCUGGGGCCGGAGAACAACAACGCGGCGGCGCUACCGCUCGAACACAGAUCCGGUGGCGGUUACGAUGUCGGACUGCCACUGCCGUCCGGCGGUCCGCUACAGGGGCCGCAUGACGACACGUGGCCGCUGCAGGCCGUGCCGGACGCCGUCAAGAUCAAACACCUGCAGGUGCAGUGCGAGAAGACGCACAUGCGAGUGAACAUCGAAUUCGACAGGCCGUUCUACGGAGUGAUUUUCUCUAAAGGUUACUACAGCGAUCCUCACUGCGUGCACGUGAAACCCGGCACCGGUCACCUGAGCGCCACUUUCGAGAUACUGUUGAACAGCUGCGGCAUGACGUCGUCAGGCGGUGCCGGUGGCGGCGGUGGCGGCGGGGCCGUUUCCGGUUACGGGCAGACGCCCAGCGGCAGUUACGUGGAGAACACCAUCAUCAUCCAGUACGACCCUUACGUGCAGGAGGUUUGGGAUCAGGCGCGCAAGUUGCGGUGCACGUGGUACGACUUCUACGAGAAGGCGGUCACGUUCCAGCCGUUCCAGGUGGACAUGCUGCACGCGGUCACCGCCAACUUCCUCGGCGACAACCUGCAGUGCUGGAUGCAGAUCCAGGUGGGCAAGGGACCGUGGGCGUCCGAGGUGUCGGGCAUCGUGAAGAUCGGGCAGACCAUGACCAUGGUUCUGGCCAUCAAGGACGAGGAGAACAAGUUCGACAUGCUGGUGCGCAACUGCGUGGCGCACGACGGCAAGCGAACGCCCAUACAGCUGGUCGACCACAACGGUUGUGUCAUCAGGCCGAAGAUCAUGUACAAGUUCCAGAAGAUCAAGAACUUCGGGCCGUCCGCGUCCGUCGUGUCGUUCACGUACUUCCAGGCGUUCAAGUUCCCCGACUCGAUGAACGUGCACUUCCAGUGCGUCAUCCAAGUGUGCCGGUACCACUGCCCCGAGCCCAAGUGCCCCGGCGACUACGCACUGCCUCAGCACGCGGCUGAUGCCACCGGCGGUGACUACGCGUCCGCCGGCCUCAACUCUGUGCACCCCAACGAGUACGGACCACCACCACCACCGCAAUUGGCCGAUUACCCCGCGUAUCCGGACCCCAGACACCCGUCCGGGCCUGCCGGCGCGUACUCCGAACUCAAACCGGAAAUAGUGUUGCCGAACGCGGCGCCGCCGUCAGCCAGCAGCCCGAAACCGUCGCAGUCGGACGCAGCGGCCGCGGCCGGUGACGACCACAAUGACGGCAACGACGCCGACGAUGACGGUCUGAACCUUCCACCACCACCAUUGCCCGGCCACGGUGCGUCGUACGCCACCGUCAAGCGACAGGGCACCGUCGGCGGUGACGAGCAACAGCAACAACAGCACAUGAACCUGGUGUCGUUGGGUGGCCGUCCGCGGUCCGUCGACAUGGACGGCGCCGCCAAGCCGCACAGACACCACCGUCGGUCCACCGGCGACCCCGAGUUGGACGUCAACACCAGCCGCGUCAUACAGGUGGUCGCGCCCGGCGACGUCAAUUUCGCGUUGAACGUGCCCAACAGCGGCAACGGCACCAACGGCAACGGCGGUAACGGCGACACGGUCGUCAUGUCCACCCGGUCCGGCCACUCGGCGGACAGCGUGUGCAUCAGCGUCCCGUCGUUCGUCGCCGGUCUGGCCAUGCUCCUGUCCGUGUUGGUGGUCGCCUGCCUGGUAGUCACGUUCCUGUUCUUGCGGGUCCGUUCCAUGAACAGCGCGAAGGCCAUGUCGUGCGGUGCACCGCCGUCCGCACAGGGACCGUACAUGCACGGCGCGGCGUUCGAAGCCGCCGAGUUCGUCAAGAUGGCCAGCUCGUAGGGCCCUCCGGCCACGCUGCGGGCCACCCGUGUCAUCAGCUUAAACAAUCAUUUUCCGACAACCCCAACCCCAACCCCAACGACCCCAACCCACACAAACACCCCUCAACGUUAAAACCAUAAUAAUAUGUAAUCAUAAAAUAUAGGCAGGUCGCAUACCAUCUGACGAAACCAAUUCUGAUUUUUUAUUCGAUAAAAACGCGAGAGCACCGCGAUUUUGUGGCGCAAAAUAAUAAUUAAUAAUAUCCAUAAUCAGUUAUUAUAUCAUGUCGUUAUCACAUUAAGCACGGACUGGUUCUCGUGGUUUUAAGUACAAUUAUGCCCAAAGACAAUAACGACAAAUCGGGUCGUUUCCUGCGCGUACAAUAAUUGCGGCACCUAUGCAUUUUUUAACCGAUCGUAAAAAUUUAAUAAAAAAAAAUUUAUAAAAACAUAUAUAAUGUAUAUUAUAGGCGUACCUAUAUAUAUAUAAUAUGUUCAUAUGAUACACACUACGAUGCGCAGAAUACGGCGCAGUACACUAUAAUAUUCUGCGCAGGUCCCGCGGACGUUUACAGCAUUUCAUGUACGAAGUAUUCCGACACGAUAAACGUCCGUUUAAGUUAUUUUAUUUAUUUGUAAGCACAUCUACUGUAGUAAGCAGUAUGACGAAUGACGUACGAGCAAUGCUCGAAUUAGAUGAUAACCGUAUUAAUAUUAUAUUAUAUACAGUCGAACUUGGUUAACUCGAACUUCUAUUCAACUCGAAAUCUUUGAUCCCUCGAACUUAUUUCCCCUAGAAUUUUUUAUAAUUGUAUUACUCUUGGUUAACCCGAACUUUCUGGCCGGUCCUUUCAACUUCGAGUUGACCACGUUCGACUGCAAUUGUAUAUUAUAAAAAGAAAAUUGUUCACAUAUAUUGUUUGUAAGAAAAGGCGAGGCGACGGCUCCUCCGCUGGCCACAUCUAAACACUACAAUAACUGCUUUAAUAAUAUUUUAUAUAUUUUUAUUAUAUUUUAUUUUAUCGAACUUUAUAUAUAUAUAUCAUAAUAACAUAUUUUUUAUAAUAUUAUUGUGGAUUGUCAUUUUAAAAUAUUAUAUGACUUCACGAUAUUGUAAUAAUAAUAUAAUGGUCGUAUAGCGGAAGCCAGUCGCCGAAAUAUAAUAGAUUACAAAUCUUAUGUUUCUAACACGACAAUGAUAUUAUAAUAUUAUAACGUAUAAUAUUAUUAUUAUCAUCAUAAAACAUGUACAUUAUUUUUUUUUUUUUUUUUUAUCUUUGUAAAUAUUAUAUUUAUGUAUAACAUUAGUCUUAAAGAUAUUAUUUUAUAGCGUUUAAAGCAAUAUUAUCAUGUAUACAAAGAUCGACAUAUUAUACUAUAACAAUACCAGCUUUUAAUUAUUAUCAUCAUUAUUAUAUACGUAUAUUAUUACUAUUAUUAUUCUUAUUAUUAUUAUUACCGUGAUAAUAAUAAUUAAUAAUACCUAUACGCAUUGUAAUACUCUAGUAUAAUAUAAUACUUAUGUAUCAAUAUAAUAUAAUAUUGUGUUUAAGAGAACUAUAAGUCUAAACCAUUAUAAUAAUAAUAAUAAUAAUAUAAUUUAUAUUUAUAAAUGUAUAGUGUUUGUAAACACAAGUAAUGCAUAUCAUAAUAUUCAGUUGUGUAUGGGACCUAAGACGUCAUGCACAGAUAAUAAUAAUAAUAAAAAAAAAACGUAAUCAAAUUGGUCGUGAAUAUUGUGUAAAUAUGUAUAUCAUCAUAUUAUAUCUCUAACAAUUAUAACACAUCUUACGUGAAAUAUAUAUAUGUCGCGACCAUAAAAUAAUAUUAUAUAAUUAUCUAUUAUUAUAACAUAUGCUAUACUUUUAUAAAUAAAUAUAUAUAUUUUUUUCAAA